AUGAAGGUCACCGCAGCCCUCGUCCUCCUGGCGUCUGUCGCCGCAGAGGCUCACUAUGUUUUCAAAAACACCAUCAUCGACGGCGUCAAGACCGGCGACUGGGUCAACGUCCGCAAGACGACCAACUUCCAGAACAAUGGGCCCGUCACCGACGUCACCUCGGCCGCCAUGACCUGCUACCAGCUGGCCGCCGGCAGCGAGGGCGCCAAGACAUACAACGUCACCGCCGGCCAGAAGCUCAGCUACGUCGCCACCACGUCCGUGACGCAUCCGGGCCCGCUGUCGUUCUGGAUGGCCAAGGCACCCGAGGGCGAGACGGCGUCGUCCAUGACCGGCGCGGGCCCGGUCUGGUUCAAGAUCUACCAGGACUACCCGACCGUGGGCACCGCCCUGACGUGGCCGUCGCAGGGCAAGUCCGUGCUGGACGUGACGAUUCCCAAGUGCAUCCCGAGCGGCGACUAUCUGCUGCGGGUCGAGCACAUUGGCCUGCACAGCGCAAGUGCCGUGGGCGGCGCGCAGCUGUACAUUUCGUGCGCUCAGCUCACGGUGUCGGGCGGCAGCGGGUCGGUGCCGACGGGGCUGCAGUCGAUUCCGGGCGUCUACAAGCCGACCGACCCCGGACUGGUGGUCAACAUUUACUACCCGAUACCCACAAACUACAAGCCUCCCGGCCCGGCACCUCUGACGUGUUAG